AUGAACCAAGUCGCUGAAGAAGCUGUUGAACAAGCAGCUGAACAAAUAUUUGAUCAAGUGAUCAGUAAUUCUACCAAUGUACUAGAUUUUCUACACUUAGACCAAUUACCUUCCUGGGUCUCUUACGAUAUCCCAACCAUACAACAUCCAUUUGGUUUAGAAUUAUGGCCUAUCUUCUCUAAGGCAUUUGAAUACUUCGCCGGCUACCCAGCCGAAGAUUUCCAAUUUAUUCAUAAUGAGACCUUCAUGGCCAAUGGUCAACAUGCCAUUGGUUUGAUUAUUGUUUACUACAUUGUCAUCUUUGGUGGUCAAGCUAUCCUAAAAAAAUUGAAUGCUUCCCCAAUGCAUUUUAAGAUUAUUUUCCAAUUGCAUAACUUGUUUUUAACUACUGCAUCCCUAGUUUUAUUGUUGCUAUUAGUUGAACAAUUAAUUCCAAUGGUUUACCAACAUGGUUUAUUGUAUUCUAUCUGUUCUCCUCAUGCUUUUGCUCCAAAAUUGAUCACUUUGUACUAUUUCAACUAUUUGACCAAAUACAUUGAAUUGCUUGACACUGUGUUCUUAAUCUUAAAGAGAAAGAAGUUAUUGUUCCUACAUACAUAUCACCAUGGUGCUACUGCUCUAUUGUGUUACACCCAAUUAAUGGGUCGUACAUCUGUUGAAUGGGUUCCAAUUACUUUGAAUUUGGCUGUCCACGUUGUCAUGUACUGGUACUAUUUCUUAAGUUCUUGCCAUAUUAGAGUCUGGUGGAAACAAUGGGUCACUAGAUUCCAAAUCAUCCAAUUUUUGAUUGAUUUAGUGUUUGUCUAUUUUGCCACUUAUACUUUCUACGCUCAUAAGUACGCUGAUGGUAUCUUGCCAAACAAGGGUACUUGUUACGGUACACCAGAUGCUGCUGCAUAUGGUUAUUUGAUUCUAACCUCAUACUUGGUUCUAUUCAUCUCUUUCUACAUUAGUUCAUACAAGAAAUCAGGUAGAAAGAAUGAAAAGAAGAAUGAAUCCACUACUGGUAAAGACGUUACCUCUUCUGCCAAGACUACUGGUUCCAAGAGCAAAUCUACCAAGGCUACCUCUAGAAAGGCUUAA